AUGCAAAGCUCGUCCCGUGGAUUGUUACGGUCUAGACAUUCUUUACCUGCCUCCUCUUUCCUGUCGAACAGAUUUCUCAGUCGCUGGCCGUCUCGUUUCAUCAAGCCGCGUAAAGCUAGACAAUCAUCUAAUGGAAAUCCAUGGUUGGCGUACACCAGUGCAUUCGCGCUCAUCUCGGGAUCAAGUUGGGUAGCGUAUGAAAAUUAUCAACCUUUUAGGCAUGCAUUGUUGGCUGCUGUGAGGUGUUCGAGGGUCGCUGAGGCCGCGAUCGCCGGCGCUGUCGAUUACAAGUACACAUUUGCACAAACUUAUGCGUCGGAGAAGGAGCAGUUACACGCGUACUCCCAAUGCCAUCUUCGUAGUGCAAGACGUGUGCUAAAGGCCUUGUUAGCGAAUGGGGGGGUAUUCAUCAAGCUCGGGCAGCACAUGGCAUCUUUGGUAGUUUUACCUCCGGAAUGGACGCGCACGAUGCGCCCGCUCCAAGACCAAUGUGUGCCGACUCCAUAUGAAGCAGUUGGAGACCUAUUUAUGUCUGAGAUGGGCCAGCCCAUGGAUGAGCUGUUUGACUCGUUCGAUCCGGAGCCUAUUGGGGUCGCCAGUCUCGCGCAAGUGCAUCUGGGACAUCAUCGUGAAUCAGGAAAGACUGUUGCGGUGAAGCUGCAACAUCCUCAUUUGGCUGAGUUCUGUGAGAUAGACAUGGAGAUGGUCGAGGUCACAUUGGGUUGGAUCAAGCGCUGGUUCCCUGACUUUGAAUUUACAUGGCUUGGGGAAGAGAUGCGCGAGAACUUGCCAAAAGAAAUGGACUUCGUUCACGAAGCACGAAAUGCUCAACGUGCAGACAGCGACUUCAAAGACAUGCGCACCUCGCUAUAUAUUCCCGAAGUCGUCGCAGCGACCAAGCGAGUCUUGAUCAUGGAGUUCAUCGAGGGCGCUCGAGUGGACGACCUCGCGUACCUGGCAAAACACAAUAUCGAUAGGAACAAAGUGUCCCUGGAAUUGGCCAGAAUAUUCUCGCAGAUGGUGUAUCUGAAUGGGUGGUUCCAUGCAGACCCACAUCCAGGGAACCUUCUCAUACGUCCCAGGCCAUCGAUAUCAAAAUCUCCUUAUAACUUUGAAAUCGUCCUCCUCGACCAUGGACUCUAUUUCGACCUGGACACUGCCCUUCGAAUAAAUUACAGCAAAUUAUGGCUCUCGUUGAUCGCUCCAUCUUCGCCAGAUGUAAUUGCAGAUAGACGUAAAUAUGCUGAGCUUGUUGGAAACAUUGGUCCCGAUUUGUAUCCUGUCUUUGAGGCGGCCCUUACUGGUCGAGCGACGAUGGCUGAUAGUCCAGAUGCCGAACCUGACGAGGUGGAGAAGCAAUCGUUCUUCAGGCGCGCGUCCAGCAUGCUUGAGCUCAUGCCGCAGACAGAAGAGGAGAUGGAAGCCAUUCGGAAUGCGGUCAUCACGCGUGAGGGACUCUUGCUCUCCGUUUUCAAUGUCCUGCGGAGAGUGCCUAGAAGAGUGCUUAUGGUAUUCAAACUCAAUGAUCUGACGCGGAGCCUUGAUCACGCCUUGGCAACAACACAUUCAAAAAUUCGUGUCUUCAUCAUUACUGCUAAGUACUGUGCUAGUGCCGUUUGGCAGGAUGAUAGAAAACGGCUCAUAGAUGACAUGCGGGAAAGAGGGCUGUUCUCGCCAGGCAUAUUGGUAGAGUAUUUCAGCAGCUGGUGGAAAUACGAAAAACUGUAUAGAUCGCUCAUCAUAGUCGAGACGUUUAUGGAUCUCCAGGCUUAUGCUCGCAAGACUGCUGCCUGGGCUCGAGGGUUGUGGGGCAAGGGUUUCGAAGGAGCGCAUCUGGCAGCCGCAGGUUUAGCUUAA